AUGGCCAAUUUGGCUGCGAGUCUUGUUGGGAAACGGAAUGCCACACUUGGUCUGGAGCGGAUGAAUGCAAACGUUGCUAUCGCCCUCAAGGAACUCGGCCUCGACAUUGUGGAUGCUCAGCAGGCCAUAGAGACAGUAAGGACUUUCAAAUCGCCUGAGGAGGUCAAAUGCAUUGUCGCAUCUCUUCGCGCAACAGAGGUCGCUGUGGGCAGACUCCGUGAUGCAGUCUCACCAGGUCUUGCGGAGAACCAACUCUGGUCAGUCAUGCACAAAUCCUUAAUUGAGCAGAAUGGAGACUAUGUCGAGACUCGACUCCUCACCGCUGGGCCACGAGCAAACACUUGGUUCCAGGAGUCAGCGAGUUAUGCCAUCUCGAAGAACGACCUCGUGGUUCUAGACACAGAUGUAGUCAAUCACAACAUGAGGAUCGUCAGGCCGGACUUGACCUUUGGCGACUAUACAGAUCUCGCAUGGGAUAUUCCUGAGCAGUAUUGGGCUAACCGGUAUUUUGUCUCAGCGCAUGGCUGUGGUCUCACGGAGGAGGAUCCGUAUUUGCAUCAUCGAGGAGAUUUCCCAGAUUCUGGCUAUGAUGGUGUUAUCGAACCGGGCAUGGUACUUUGCGUUGAGAGUUAUAUUGGCAAUGAGGGUGGCACACAGGGUGUCAAGCUGGAACGGCAGUCCUAA